UCGGGUUUCCACUCCUUUAUUCCUACUAAUACUAUCGACCGACCGACGUUUCUUGUUAUCAUGUCACAGUCUAUGCCCACGGACGGUCUGAGUCUUCUCUCGCUUUCCGUGGCCGCAGCCAAUGCCCAGCCAAUCCCAGAGUCGAAGCACCGCCGUCUCUCCUCGACCGGCAAGGCGAGGAGGAGGCUCAGUGAUGCUAGAGAUGCUGCUUCUCGCCCUUCGCCAUCCUCCCUAUCUGGCACCACCCCCGACGAGCUCGCAGGCAUCUCCAGCCCGGUAGUCAUACCCAAGAACGGCAAGAAACGCGGUGUGGAUCAUAAAUGCGAGAGCUGCUCCAAGAUCUACCGCCACCCCUCCUGCCUCAUCAAACACCGCUGGGAACACACUCCCCACUGGCGCGAGUCCAGCAAGUACGUCCUGAGCAAACACCAGCAGGUCCAGCUCCUCGAGGCUGCGGCGAUUCUCUCCCACCUCAAGAGUGAGAGUUUACCGGAGGAUAGGAGUUUGUGGCCGAGUUUCCUUAGUGGUGGUGUGGGGGCUGGUGGAGGGAGUAGUAGUGUGCCGGUGGGUAGGGCGGGAGGACCGAGGAUGCAUGAUUAUGAUGUGCAGGAGGGGACCCCGAUGGAGGUGUUGGCGCCGAGGUUUGAGUAUGGGAGUGUGGGGGAGAGUGUGCCCGAGUCGGACGAGGAGGAGGAAGGGGAGAGCGAGGAGGAGGAAGAGGAAGAGGUUUGGGAGGAGAGGACUAAGCAGGAGGAAGGGGAGGAGUGGGAUGGGUUCGAUAUGGAUAUGGAUUAAUCGGUGCGCAUUGCUCUCAUGAUCACAUCACGACUUGCAUGGUUUCCUUCUCUUUCGCGCUUCGCUUUUUAUCACGGACAGUCAACCAAGAAUCAAACGCAAAUCCUUGUAUUAGUAUUAGUUGUUUUUUAUGUAUGUACACCACUUUGGAAUUUUGUCGAAUCAAUGGGAAUGGGCUUUUAUGGUGACACGUAUUUUUGGGCGCUUAGUUCGGGGG